AUGGCGACUAAAGAAAAGAGCUUGCCCUUUGGCAAGAUUGAGCCUUAUUCUACAAAGUAUUUUACCAGCUGUGCUUUGGGCGGUAUUAUCGCAGAGAAAGGCCCAACACACACAGCCGUCACACCCCUCGACCUUGUCAAAUGCCGCCGUCAAGUCGACCCCAACAUCUAUAAAUCCAACCUCUCCGCCUGGCGCUCCAUCUUCGCAAAGGAAGGUGUCCGUGGCGUCUUUUUUGGAUGGUCGCCCACCUUUGUCGGUUACUCCUUGCAGGGAGCCGGUAAAUACGGUCUCUACGAAGUAUUCAAGUACUGGUACGGCGAACAACUUUUCCCCAACACGAACCGCACACUCGUCUACCUCGGUGCCAGCGCCAGUGCAGAAUUCUUUGCGGAUAUGGCUCUCUGCCCGCUUGAAGCUAUCAAAGUUCGUAUGCAAACUACCCUACCACCCUAUGCUUCAACUUUACGCGAAGGAUGGAGUAAAGCUGUAGCUCAAGAUGGGUUUGGAGGGCUGUAUAAAGGGUUGUAUCCUCUCUGGGCACGACAGAUUCCUUAUACCAUGACCAAGUUCGCGACAUUUGAGGAAGUGGUCAAUAUGAUCUAUAGGGGGUUGGGUGGUCCUAAGGAGAGUUAUAGUCGCUUGACGCAGACGGGUGUCAGUUUUGCGGGUGGUUAUAUUGCCGGUAUUCUGUGUGCGAUUGUUAGUCAUCCGGCGGAUGUGAUGGUUAGUAAAUUGAAUGCUGAACGAAAGGCUGGCGAGGGCGCGAUGACUGCUGUAUCCCGUAUCUACAGCAAGAUCGGUUUCAGUGGACUGUGGAACGGUCUGCCAGUCCGUAUUGCCAUGUUGGGUACCUUGACUGGUUUCCAGUGGUUGAUCUACGACUCGUUCAAGGUCUUUUUGGGUCUUCCUACUACCGGUGGUCAUUAA